AUGCCAUAUUUGUUGGUGCUGAUAGCACUACUGCUAGCUUCCCUCUCUGAGCCUCUUUCCCUAGAACACCUCAGGCAUCUAGACUGGCAGAGGGACAUGCGGCCAGGCCAGCGAUGUCCAGCAAAGUGCCAACGUGAGCAGUGCCCGGAUGCCAGGCUGCUCCAGAGCUGCCUAUGGGGUCAGGUCCAGGACCUGUGCGGGUGUUGUUGGGAAUGUGGGAAUGGAGAGGGCCAGCUUUGUGACCCUGAACCCAGGACUGGGUCCAUGUUUUUUGGUCAGUGUGCUGAGGGACUCCGCUGUAAAGCCCCACGCAGGGACCCCACAAUGAAGGCAGACCCCAAGCCUGUGUGUGUGUGCACCAAGCAGGAAAUUUUGUGCGGAACAGAUGGGAAGACCUAUGAGAACUUAUGCCAGCUACGAGCAGUGCAGCACAGGCUGGGUGAGCAGAAAAAGGUCAUGGUAGCGCAUCACGGACCCUGCACAGCAAAGCCAGUCAUCACCUAUGCGCCGGGUGACAUAAUCGCUCUGGAAGGAAGCAACAUCCUGCUUUCCUGUGAAGUUUCGUCAUACCCAGUGGCCUCCAUCCAGUGGAAGAAAGAGGGAGACAGUACUUUCCUUGCUUCUGAGGGUUCAAACAGAGCCAUACAGGCGAAUGGAGGCCCGCGGCGUUUUGAGCUCACUGCAUGGCUCCAGAUCCACAAGGUCGGCCCUGAUGAUGCAGGGGUGUACACAUGUGCUGCCAGGAACACCUUCGGUGAAACGUCUGCCUCCGCAAGAUUACACGUUAUACACAGAGGGUCUCAAAGGGGCAGAGAGCUUCCUAAAAAAAUAAAUGAAGCUCACAGCACAUCUAUCAAUGAAGCUGAGAGUGAAGAUGAUGAAGAUUAUGAGGGACAACCAAGUGGAUAUAUGUAUUUGUAA